UGUUCCAUUACCGAAUGAGGAAAUAGCUAGUAGCCCACACGAGAAUUCAAGAAGGCUCAGAAUAAAAUCCCCAAUCUCAAAGUUCACCCUGAAUUGGACUGACAACUCCGAGAAUCCCCAGUCGACGGCAGCUAGCGGGCGCUCAAAGCUUCAGUCUUCUGACUUCCAUUGGUGCAAGCUGCCUUCAAAAUUUCACGGGAAAUCUGUAUCAAAAUCUGUAAUUUCUCUUUACCUCAAAAUGAUUGCGGUUGGAUUGCGGGGUGGCAUAAUUUCUGUUCAUGGAGCUAAUUGCUAUGUUUUAGCCUUUAGGAUGAUUUUGUCCAAUGCGGUUGCUCUUUGCUCUUAAACAUUAGUGGGAACAUUGUUGUUUUUGCUCACAUGUUACUUCAGUUGGGCGAGAAGGGAGAUUUCCAAAAAAGAUUGUGAGGCAAUGGGUUGGUCAGAAAAGGAUUUAUGUAUAAAAUGUGAUAAAGGAGGGAAGGUGUUGGUCUGCAGAGAUAGUAGAUGUCCCAUUGUUGUUCAUGAGAAGUGCCUUGGAUUUCCAGCUAAAUUUGAUGAAAUGGGCAGGUUUUAUUGCCCAUAUUGCGUGUAUAGGCGAGCCAUUGAAGAAGCGCAUCAAGCAAGGGAAAAGGCUUUGUCAAAAAAGAAAGCUUUAUCAAAAUUCUUGGACACAAAAAUGACAAAUGCGGAAUGGCAAACACAAAAAACUGAAAUAUCAAAAGGGAAGGAGUUGAGUCAGUUACCAGGUGUAGAUAGCACAGGUAGCUUGAAUAGUGGGAGUAGACCAGACAAGAUCAAUGUCCAUAAUCAUACUGCUCGACUUGUGGAAGAUCAAAAUGAAGGCAGAUUUGCUCCUGAAUGUAGCAGACUUGUUUUGCUAUCUAAAGAAACUGGUGAAUCUAUUCGUGGUGAUCAAAAUGAUGUUUUGUGCAGUAACACAAGUGAUAUUGGAGGAUCAAGUGAUUGCAAUUGCCGCAUUGUUGUGGUUGGGCAUCGAACUGAGUCAGGACCUAUAGUUGCCUCUGGUAAUGAAUGUGUAUCUUCUGACAGAGAGGAGACAAUAAAACGGUUUGAAAUGGUGGAAAUUGGGAAUAAGGUUCAAUUACAUUCUCAAUGGCAACAAGAUGAUUUCCGCGGUAAAGUUGUUGAUGAUCAGCUAGAUGACAAAAACUUGAGGGAGUCCCCUGCAGUAGAAAAUCACGGAAUGGAAAACCAUCUCUCUCCUGAAGCCAAAAGGGUUGGCAGAGAUGGAGAUAUGUUGCGCGAAUAUGAUGGCAGACUUGUUGGUGAAGAAGUAGAGAAGGAAAAGGUGCUAGAAAGUCCUGCAAUUUCACCCAGUCACCCUGCAUUGGAGAUGCAUUUACAAGAGAAAAGAGCCGGUCAAACUAGUGAUUCAAUAUGCAAAGACUCCAAUGCUGCAUCAACUGGCAAGGCUUCUAAACAAAAUGAUAAAAGAAAAGAACAAAAUGCAGAAGCUACUUGCUUCAGGAAAUUGUCUCAAAAUUCAGCUUCACAUCAUAGAGCUAGUUUAGAUCAGUUUGAGAAGAUUCAUGCAUGCAGCAAGUUGAGAAAACUUAACAAACCUGCACCUCAAUGCUCCAUGAUCUUGUGUCCCAAUGCAAGGCGUAAAAGUUUACCAUGGACAGAUGCAGAGGAGGAGAUGCUCAAGGAAGGAGUUGAAAAAUUCUCAACCGACAGGAACAAGAAUAUACCUUGGAGGAAAAUACUGGAAUUUGGCCGGCAUGUCUUUGAUGGUAGUCGUACACCAGUUGAUCUCAAGGAUAAAUGGAGGAACAUAUUGGCCAAAAAGCAACGUGGAAUUAACCGUAACUCUUCGUGUUUUCUUUUCACUAUCUUGGCCAGUUGUGCAGGUAACUUCAUGCAUCCUAUCAAUGUCAGAGGAUAUGACACUUUUUGCGCCAAAGUCAAUAAAUGCUGCAUGGAGAAAACUGAAUCUGGAGGCAGCUGAGAUUGACUGAUUCCUUGUGUUAAUAAAUCACUUGAUGAUUAGCAGUGCUUGAAGAGACACUUCGAAAUUCAUGAACUUCUAUGAAGAUAGGUCUUCUUUCCUCUAAGUGUAUGGCAUGCCGAGAAAACCAGAAAAGGAUGAGAGAAUUUUGUAAGUUUGCUGCUACUUAUUUUCUGAUUAUAACUUUUGUUAUGAUGUCAAUGAACUCUGAGCGUCUACUUGGCAAAGCAAGAUCAGCCAGCAGCUUGGCAAUUCAAGGUGCUCUUUCUUGUUCCUUAUAUUUUUCUGAUCAAGAGUGCAUUUUGUCAAAUACUUGCAUAAUCACGUUCGUCCUCUGCUUCGGUUUUUAUCCUUCAUAGAAGAAGCAUUUGUAGACAGAAAUUAUUGUUGCCCUUAGUUGUUUGGGAAGCUGAUGGAAAUUUCUACGCCAAAGUUUACCACUCCUUUUGUUUUAGUUAAUUCUAAGUGGAAUAUCAAAUAAAUAGGACUUCAAUGGUAUCCCCGAUUAAAUAGUACUUCUUAAAUAGAUACAUUAUUUUAAAACUAAAAACUCCUUCUGGCUUUAUAGCCCUCUGGGAUAAAUAUUUCAUGUUGCCUCUUUUUGUUUGUCAUGUAACAGGAACUCUUGCCCACCCUCGCAUGGCAAGGGAAGGUCCAGGAGGCGCUAAUCCUGCUCCAUUACCAAAUGUCGACCAUCAUGUGAAUGGAUAAGAUGUUAGCAAAACGCCAGAUUGCAACCAUUCUUCUCUUUUUCUUUCUUUUGGGGGAGGAGGCGGAGUUGUUGGUGAGGCACCAUUUUCAAUCUUGAAAGUCUCUGUAAGGUUCUGCAGGGAAUGGUUCCUGGAGAAAACACUCCUGCAGAACUCAAAAAAUUGUAUACGUCUCCCUUUUUCAACUCUGUUGUGCAUUUUCCUUGGGAGUACAUGUUCGUCCACACACCCUCAAUUGUUCAGUUUGUCGAUUUAAUCAGACUUGUUAGUUGAUACACCCGUGCAGGUAGUGAAAUAUUG